UUCAAGCACUUAUUAUUUAUUAUUAGUUGGGUUCUACGCCAGGUCGCGUCGGAUUGCUACGUUCGACUGUUUUUCGGGCUUUCUUUACAAUAGUCCAUAGUGUUAUAAAUAAAAUAAUAUGAACCGUGCAUUUCAAUAAGUGUUCGUCAUCUAAAAUUAGUGCCGUAGUGAUUGUGAUGGCCAGAAGUGAUAUAUGUUAAUGUAAUAAAUGAUUGUGUUUUAAUUUCGACACUAGAAUGUAUCGAGUAAUUCUACUUUUGUGGGCACAUGUUAUUGUGCAAGGAUCUAGCGAGGUUAUGCUUGAACCGAACAUGACGACAUUUAUGCGAACAGUGGACGGUUUUUCUAAUCAGUUAUUAGGUGUGACUUCCGGAAAAAUCGUGAUAACCGGAAACAACACUCUUCACCUAACCAAUUUCUCCUUCGAUGGUAAAGUGUCCGACGCCCAUUUUAUAGUCGGCAAAGGCACAGUUUCCGAAAACGGAACUUUCGUACCUUUCUCUGAAAGUUCCGACAAUCUUCCGCCAUUAGACAACGAAGACAUCGACUUAACUCUGCCUAAUAAUCUAACAGUCAUUGAUAUCGAUUGGUUGGCAAUUUUUUCUCCAACGACCCAGGAAAACCUAGGCUUUGUAUUGCUAACAAAAACUGUACAGUCAUCACCUCAAACUUUCAGCUUCGACAAUGAUGUUAUUUCCGGUCCUGUAUUAUUACUCGAUAAAAAGACACUCUUUAUCCCGAAUUUUCGCUACAAAGGCGAUCACAAAAAUGUGCGCUUUUGGGUGGGCAAUGGCAGCGAACCGUCCUCGGACGGAAUCGCUCUGUCAGACGAGAAAAACUCUUCGGAAAGUCUUGGGCCAUAUCAGGGACAAAAUGUGAAGCUUCAUUUACCAGAAAGUCUGUCAACUGACAAUAUCGACUAUUUGGCUGUUUGGUCAAUCGACGAGGCAGUUAGUCUAGGCUAUGUUCCCAUCAAAGGAGUUAGCGAAGCGCCAGAAGUUGAACAGGAAACAAAAAGAUUAAGUGAAGGGAACUUCGAAGUGAUAGUACCAAAGUGUUGCUCCUCUUCAGCUGUAAUGACCAGUCGCGGAUGUGAGGAAAAGGGUCGCUUACAAAUAUUUGUACCAAACUUUAACAUCUACGAACACAAUGCAACACAUUUCAGGAAUGAAUCUCUGGACCUAAACAAGGUGGAUUUUAAAAUAUACGAUUCCACAAUGAAGUGUCCUGCUGGAAAAUUUCCUUUAGACCAGUCAAGUGAAGAAUUCGCUCUACUGAUUAAUGGCUCUUUACUUAUUAAGGGGGCAGCCGGGAAAGGCAUAUGGUCACAGGAAAACUUUUGUUUAGACAACGUCGUAGAUGAGAGUAAUGUAACACAAAUGAGAAUUUUUGUAUGCGUCCCGGAAGUCCAAAUACAGAAAGCAAUGUGCUACACUUACAUAACUUUCACAAUUAUCUCGAUGCUUUGCCUUGCUGCUACUUUCUUCAUAUACUUCUUCUUGUCACAUAUAGAAGAUGCCCACAGAAUCCUGUUUACUGCUUAUGUUUUUGAUAUGGCUAUGGUUUUUAUUUCCUUGACUGUAGUUCAAGUGGGACAUGUGGAAGGCAGUGGAUGUUCAGUUUGUGGUUUUAUUUUCCAGUUCUUCAUGGUUUCGUCUUUUGUAAUGUUGGCCAUUUUAUGUGUAGACAUUUGCAUCAUUAUUAAGUACAUUGACAACAAUAUUAAACCACGAAAACGGAAAGUUUGGUCACUUGGUGUUGGCUUUUUGGUUCCGUUAUUUUUCUUAAUCAUCUCAUUAAUUCGAAAUCUCACACCAGAUGUACCAAACUCGUUUUUCAAACCUCAAUAUCAAACUAAUGCCUGCUACUUUGAAGCUGAAGACCAAAGAGUUUCAAUUUUUUAUGUUCCUAUUAUUUUCUCAAUGAUCGUAAGUGGCAUUUCCCUGGGUGUGGCAAAAUACAUAAUCGUGCGAUACGACCGAUUAAGAUUAAACGAUUUCUUUUGGAUCGAAAACGGAACGAAAUACAAAUUCAUGUGGCGAAAACAUUUAUUGGUUCUUAUUAUAACGUCAACGUUACGGAUUUUUGAUCUAGUGCUUUAUUUAAGUUAUGGACAUGAUAGUAUGUUAUUAGUAGUUGAUAUAUUUGAGGCGACUCAAGGAAUUUUUAUUCUAUUACUAUUCGUUCUGAAUGAACAAACAAGAAAAGAGAUUCGAAAAAGUAUCGAAAAAAGGAGAAGAAGAAGACGGAAGCAUCAUCUAAACCAUUCAAAAGAAGAGGAACUUGUGAUGUCAAAGCCGACCUGAGUGCUUGAAAUCAUGGACAUUUUUUUUAACGUAAUUUUUGCUCUGACCCGAAUGGUCAAUUAGUUGCUAACAAGUUAAGAUGGAUGCUUAUAUUUAUUUUUUGAUUAUAGUUUACAUGUUCAGAUAUCGAUAGUAUAUCUUUUUUAUCGGAUUCUGUCAGAAAAAUAGUCUGAUAAAUAAGUAGGGCAUAACCAUAUAAUUUGCUGUAAAUAUGCGAUAUGCCAAUUUCACAGAAUUCGAUAAUAGUAUAUUUUGAUACGAGUUUUAUAAACGCAUUUUGUCGCACGCAAAUUUAGGGCACGACGAGCGCAGCGAGGAGUAUUUUUUCUACUUUCUACAGUAUUUUUUCUACUUCGCACUUUUUGUAGCAAAGAAAAUAAUUUCGAAAUUUAGGGAAUUUUGUGGCAGUUGACAACAUUUGCGCGCAGACAGUGAAAUAAUUUGGACCGUCUGUAUUCGCACAAAUGUAUUCGGAAAGUGUCCAAGACGUUUCGCAAUGUAGCCCUUAACAAAUACGGGCUUUUGUGGCAAAUACGUGGAAUUUGAAAAUUGGCCGAAGGAUAAUGAGAUCUCAAAUUACUUACUUGCACUGGCUUUUGAAGUUAUGUUUACAUUACUCGAAAGGUGUUCGAAAGGGCCGCAAAUCAGGACUGGUACAAAAGCCUCUAAAAGUUCGUAUUUGAUUAAUUUGAUUAAAUUAUGGACUUGAAACAUGUGCCGAUUGACACUGACAGUUCUCUCAGAUAACUGUCAAAAAACUAGAUUGUCAACAUUAUCUAACUAAAUUACCCUGGACUUUAGUGUAAUUAUUAUAGCACUCAGUUGGAUAUUGCGAUACCCAAAUCGAGUAUCGUAAUGAAUGACCUCAAUACGAAACCGAAGUAGAAAAAAUCUUGAACAAACCGUAGAUGUAAGAAUGCCACAACAGCCUUAGAUUAGUUAAAAUGGAUACUUAUAUUUAUUUUUUGAUUAUAGCUUACAUUUAAUGUGUUCCGCUACCGAUAGGUUUCUUUUUUUAUCGGAUUCUGUCAGAUGAGAGUUACCUUACAUAUUAUACAAAAAUAGUUUGGUAACUAAGUAAGGGCAUAUGAUUUGCUGUAAAUAUUUAUAAUGCUAUAUGCCAGUUUCACAGAAUUCGAUAAAAUCUUGAACAAACCGUAGAUGUAAGAAUGCCAUAACAGCCUUAAAUGUCAACUGACAUCUGCAGCUGUAAUAACCUAAUAACAUUCCUUAGUAUGUUAAUAGCUAGUGCAUCAGCUUUAUUAACAUAAUUCCUGAAUUUCAUACGUACUAUUCUACCUUUUCAUAAUGAAAUUUCCAUGGACAACAUGAGUGAUUUCAUCCAUAAAUAUUUCCACUUUGAACAAUUUGACACUUUGACUGACAUGUUUGUCACAUUUUAACUUUUUAAAGUAUUUCCUUACAAUUUCUUCAUCCAUGUUUGGUUUUCAUGUGCUUACGGUAGCGGAAAGAAAUAGUACCUAAAUUAGCUAUAAAAAUGUACUGCUGCAAACGGAGUUUCUACAGUAUUAAUUAAUUUUUUAUGUGCUUGUGAAAUACAUUGUUAUUUAAUUGUCGCUGCUUAAGUUUUUUUUUACUUUUACAAUUUUAUAUUGACAUGCAUAAAAGCCUGGCGACACUCAUUUCAUCAAAUCUUUCUGUUGUGAUGUAAAAAGCAAACCUACGGUAUCGACUUAAGUAAUGUUUUUUAAGCUUUUUACAUAAAAAACGUUAGUUUGUCUAUUAAAUUAUUAAUUAAUUAUUCAAAUAUAAUUCUAUUUAUUGUAAAUACAUUUAAUAUUUUAAUGUUUGUCCAACCUCUAACUACUUAACAAUUGGCAGUUAACAUAAGUAGGUGAAACCAGUAAUAUUCUGUUUUUCUAGUCCAUACCUGAUAAUAAACUAUAGGUGUAUAUGUCGUAGGCUAAUUGUAAAAUCAGGCGUAUUAUAAAAAGCCUAGUCGUAUUGUAAACACCUGGGUAAAUUGUAAAUGAAUGAAUAAAUGCAGGGUUUUUACAAUGCGACUAAAAUUUUUAGGCGUACUAUAAAAUGCCUAACAAGUUUUCGUCUUAAUGUAAAAUGGUUUUUAAUGUUGUUCACUUAGAAAAUGACUGAUUACAUUGAAUCAUUUUGUAAAAGAAUGAAAAAAAAUCAUCAAACAUUUUAUAAAAUUCCACCUUCUAUUGUAAUUAGGUAGUAGUUUAAUAAAAAAACAGUAAAAUUUCACCCCAAAUUUAAAAUUAUUCGUCGACAAAAAUCCUUUUAUAUCUCGAGAACUGUAAACAUUCUGAUAAGGCAAGUUGUUAUUUUCACUUAUUUUUCUGUUAUCACUGAUAUCACCCUCUGAUAUACCUAUUUUCACAACUAUAAAUUCACUCUAUAGUAUUUUGAUUUUGAGGUUAAUUUUUUUUUCUAUACUUAUCAUUUAUCACCAGAAUUUUUUUUAGUUCUUGAUCAUUUAUUAAUGAAGACAUUGCUUUCUGUGUCUUCCAGCAUUUUAAAACAAUAAUUUAUAACAAAAAUUUAUUGUUCAAAGCAUAAAUUUAACUAAUACUGACUUGCGCAUUAUAAUACGCCUAAAUAAUGCAGGUUCGUUUCAGUCGUAUUGUAAAAAAACCAUAGGUAUUUUACAAUAAGACGAAAACGGGUUAGGUGUUUUAUACGCCUGAAAGUUUCAGUCGCAUUAUAAAAAACCGACAUUUAUUCAUUCAUUUACAAUUUGCCCAGGCGUUUACAAUAUGACUACGCUUUUUAUAAUACGCCUAAUUUUACUAUUAGCCUACGACAUAUAUAAGCUGAGUCUGCUAAAGGUACUGCAAUUAGAUACCUACCUCAUAUUUUUCUCAAUGCAUGUGAAUUUAACAAAAAUCUACAAAUCGUUGUAAUAACAAUUAAAAAUAAUAGAAUGUUAAUUCGAAAUUUUGUUUUCUACUGUAAUGCUUAAAUGAUAUUUCAUGCAAAAAAUACGUAAAAAACUGUCACUAUAACCCAAAAAUUAUCAUUGUUUGAAUUUGUAUUUUUUACGUAUUUUUUGAACAAAUUUAAAUAUCGUUUGUUUUAAAUAACAAGAAAUAUUUUUGUGCAGCGAUUUAAUACUAAUUAAUCAAUUAAUUUUGAUUAUAGCAAAUGUAUAGAUGUAGUAUUGGAGAGCAAAUGGUGAUUUCUAUGUGAUUAUUACUUUUUUGGAUACAGUAAAUAUACUUUUAGCAGAUUAAGCUUUUUGUGUAAAGUGUUUACCAGUGUUAACGUCAUAAGUAUGUACAGAAUUUUCCAUUAUGAAGUAAGAAAUCGUUUGUGUUUGUUCGCAUUCUGAAUUAAUAAUUUUAAGUUUUAUACCUUUUUUAGUACUAUGUUUGUUACCCCUUUCUUGUUAUUUUUAUUUUGUACAUAAUAAACACAACCAAGUUUGUUAACCUUUAA